AUGAGCCAGCAGGGCGCGGUGCUGCAGAACUACAACAACGAGCUGGUCAAGUGUAUGGAAGAGCUCUGUCAGCAGCGGGAGGAGCUGUGCCAGCAGAUCCAGCAAGAGGAGGACGAGAAGCAGCGGCUGCAGAGUGAAGUCCAGCAGCUGACGGAGAAGUUGGCCCAGGUCAAUGAGAACCUGGCUCGAAAGACUGCCUCUCGGAACGAGUUCGACCGGACCAUUGCAGAGACCAAGGCCGCCUACCUGAAGAUCCUGGAGAGCUCCCAGACUCUGCUUAGCGUCCUGAAGAACGAAGCUGGUAAUCUGACCAAAGCCAUAGCCUCAGAGCAGAAGGGCAGUGGGGACAAGGACAGCUGA